AUGUGGCGUUACGUUUCGUUGUUUUCAGGAGCCAGGAAGUAUUGUAGCACACAAUCGAACUAUAUGUUAAACGAAUUGUGCAUAGUCGUUGAUAAAUUUGAUCAUGUUCUUGGGUUUGCUAACAAGAAGACAUGUCAUGAAGUACUGUUCGGAAAAUCGUUACUACAUCGGGCCUUCAGCCUAUUCCUUUUUCAGGAAGAUAUUAAUAGUGAAACAAAUCACAGAAACCUUAAGCUACUAGUCCAAAAACGUUCAGCUAAUAAACUUACGUUCCCAUCUCUGUGGUCAAAUACUUGUUGCAGUCAUCCUAUCAUGAAUUUUCCUGAUGAACUUAUCGAAUCGGAUGCGAUAGGGGUGAAGAAAGCUGCACAAAGAAAGCUGUUCCAUGAACUCGGCAUCAACAAUACUUUUGUUCCAUUAAAUCGGAUACACUUCUUAGGUCGAGUGCUAUAUACAGCUCCAAAUGAACCAUGUACGCAAACUGCAUUCGCAGAACAUGAGGUGGACUACAUUCUUGUCAGCGUGCUAGAUCCAGUUGCCACUCGAAAUCUUGCAGAUACAGACUUAAUGAAACUAAAUCCUGAUGAAGUCAGUGACGCUCGUUGGAUGGCUUUUAGUGAUUUCAACUAUAUGAAAUGUUCCCCGAGAGAUCAUAUAAGCACAUCAAAAACUUCAGACUCCGAUUUCUGCAGAUCAUCCAUCACCCCUUGGCUACGUGGUCUUCUUGCACGCGGUCUCUUGCAAAAAUUAUUUAGUUGGGCAGAAGCAUCAUGUGCUCAAAAUACUUAUACAAAUUUUUUUCUGACUGUGACUCAUAUUCCGGUGAAAAUCUUCAUGAUUAUUGGAACUGUGACUCCAAAAACUCCUAUAACAUCUGUUGUAGAUAGCUGUCAGACGCCUAGCCUAACGACAUCGUCGGUUCCUGUAUCUUCAGGUUCUGAGAAUACUAGUGGUGUGCUUCUUAGCAAUUUAUGGACUCAGCUUGACCACAUUCAAUCUACAAUUCCGGACAGAUUAUCGGUUGCUAUGUUAGAGAGUGCUGGUGUGCAAAUGGAAAACAGCGACCCACGACUUGCCCGUUUAAUCAGUCUAGCUGGUCAAAAAUUUCUGACUGAUAUCCUUUCUGAUGCUAUGCUUCAUUGGCGCCUUGCAAAUGGACAACCUACUGGGCUGCUAAACCAUCCUAGUGUGUCCACAUCUAUACCAGGUCAAGCAUCUAAUCCGUCCUCCAUAAAUCCUAUUACAACACCAACGAGCAACCCAAGUCAGUCUAUUCCACAAUCUCCAUCAUCUAGUGGAAAACCUGGGACCAAUAAAUUUCCCACAGAUCGUCGCGCCACUCUUACACUGGAAGAUUUAAUUGCUUCAUUGAAUGAUAGGGGUAUUCAUGUUGCCAAACCACCUUAUUAUCGGUAG